UAAGAACUGGAAAGAACAAGAAUUUUUGUCUAAAAAGAAUAAUAACUACAAUGAAUGACUACUUAAAAUGAUGUCUGUGGCCUACUAAGUUCAAGUUCAACAGCUGGUGCAAAAUCAGAGGAAACAACUAAAUUGGAAAAAGAAAAAUCAGCUCUAAACAAGGUUUUGGAGUCUUUGUGCUCAUAUCACUGGCAACAGAUUUUGGCUAUGUUGAAAUUUUUAAUCCAAGAUCAAAAUGUUCCUUCACUUUGCAUUUGCAAGCAACCACAUAUCCACUCAGAAACUCAGAAACCCUUCAGCGAAGAGGAUGUGCAUGUUUCAUUUUGCAGUUGCGAUGGACAUAUGCUGACAAAAAGGUGCUGUUUACAAAAUCAAAAACCAAACAUUUGUUUACCAUCUCUAUCUGUUUGUAUUAAAGAUUUGCAUUGUUUGUCAUGCCAAGCUGUAGCUAUUGGAUGUAUUAAGACGAUGAAUAAAGGGAUUACCAGCGAUUGUAAUCCAUAUAGGUGCUAUACUGGACAACUGCAGAACUGUAGCAACAAACAUUCUGUGAGAGCAGCAACUUUUACUUCUUAUUCAACUGAAGAUUGUGAUCUAUCAAACAACAUUAAAAAUUCUACUAGAUCUCGCAGCCCAUCACCACCUCCAUUAUCACCUGUCCAGAAUCAUGAAUUUGAAACAUUAGAAGGCUCAAUCACAGAUUUUCCAGCCAUAGAUAACAAACAACUUGAAAUAACUAUUAACCAGCCUCCAUCCCUCUUGCCAGCUGAAGGAAGCAAUGGAAUGUGUGAUCAUGAAAGUAAAAUGUACAGAAGAGUGUCUGAUCACUCAGACAAAACUUUGCUGUCAGCAGAUCAGGAAAGCAUCAAAUAUGUUAUUAAUUCUGAAAAGUUUGAAAAAGGUGACAGUCCUGCCAUUUUUCAGGAUCUAAUGGAUCGCAUUAAUGAAAAAUUAAAAUCAAUAGAAACUACAGAUAUAACAACAAAUCUUGUUAAAUUGUCUAACAAUGACAGGACACCAGAAAAUGAUAUAAAAUUGAGAGACUUCAUAACAUCUCUCUUGCAUAAUGCUACAGCAAGUGAUUAUAGUUUUAUGGAGUUGCUUAGCCAACACGAUAAACAAGUGAAAAAUAAAAUUAUCCAAACAAGAUUUCGCAAGCGCCAGGAAACUUUAUUUGCAACGUAUAAUUCUCCCGAUUCACCGUUGUUUAGGCGACAAUCUCUGCAAAUCAAGAGGGAAAUUGCAAGUUUUGAUGAUGCUUUUAUGAGGAAAAAAUCAAGUUUGGAGAGAAAUACAAAGAAAUCUACAAAAAAUGAUGAUAAAAUGUCACCAGACAAAGGAGACAAUUAUAACAUGUUAGAAGACAAAGCUUUACAAAAUCAUAAACAUGAUCCAAGUAUAAAUUGCCAAAUUAAAUCAUUGUCUUUGCCAGCAGAUCAAACAGAAUCAUUGGAACUACCUCUGAAUAAUUUGAAAACUAACUCUGGUUUUGUGGCGCUUUCAGAAAACAUCAGUGCUACAACAGCCAAUCAGUCUAAUUUUGCAAAAAUGCAAGGAGACUGUGCAGAAAAAGAGACUGAUCAGAUUUCUUUGAAGCAGGAAUAUAAUGGCAUCUUGAGCAGAACCAAACGUAACAUUGUGCCUCCUGGAUGGUACUCUGUAUAUGUAACAAACAAUAUUUUAUUUAAAAAAUCAUCCAAAGCAAAAAAUUCUCCUGAAACUUUGGAAAGAAUUAAGGUCAUUAAAAACCUUCAAGCUGAAAGAACUAGUGAUAACGAUGUAAAUAAAAUUGUGAGGAACGCAAAUCUACAGGUUGUUGUGGAACGCUUGGAAGAUACAAUAAACUUAGCCCAAAAGACUAAAAAUCCAUUGUUGGAAACGUAUAAAAUAUGCAGAAAAUUGAAAGACAAUACUUAUGAGUAUGAUAUGAGCCCAUCUGCUAGGAGAGGUCUACAUUUUACCAUGAGUGAAAUAGAAUGUACAGGACAGAGUUUCCUUCCGGAGUCUCAUGUGCCAAGCAGCAAUAAAAACCAAACAGUUUUUAUGGCAACAGGAGAAUGCAAAGAGGAUGUAGGUGGAGGAUGUGAAGACAACCUCUUUAAAUCUUUACCCUUUGAUUCAGGCAGCUUGACUUCUACUAAUGGAGAUUUAGGAACAAGGUCUGAAACUGGAGAGAGUGCAUCUCUCCUAGGUUACUCUAGCCCUAUUAAGCUUAUGUUUGUCUCAGAGAUUAAUAGUAGCGAAGGAGUCAAAUAUACUUUAACUUCUGCCAGUACAUCAUCUAAAGCAAAUACUGAACUUGGUUUAUUUGAGAAGCACCCAAAUGCAGUAUCAGAGGAAGAACACAAAACUGGAGAUCUUGAGCCUGAAAUCUGUGUUGAAGAUUGUGGUUGUAAUUGCAAUGAAAGUGUAAACAAAGAGGAAUCAAAUUGUGAUUAUUCUGGGGCAACUGCAAAUUCCUGUGCAGCAGGUGAAACUGAUAUAAAAAACUGUAAGCAAAUUGAAGAAACUGUGGAAAAACCAAGCAGUGGCAAUGAUCCCUCUGUUUUAAAAAGAAAACCUGGCAGACCUAAAAAAAUAGGUCCUCAAGUUGUAAAACAGGUUAAGAGACCCAUUGGACGACCUCCAAAGCCUAAAAUAGAUAUAGCUGAAAGUACUGAUAAUAGAAAUAAACCCACCAGUAUUGGGAAAAAUACUAAAUCUGAUGUAGCAGUACUGGAAGAAGUUAAUCAAAACAAAAAUAUUACUGUGACAGUUGUUUAUGGGAGGUCAAGAAGAACUAAAAGGCAUGUUUCCGAAGGAAAUAAUAUAAUUCGUGCUAUGCCUACUCAACAUGCUGGUUCCAAUUUUGCAAAUGACUCAAAUGAACUGAAGCAAAAUUCAGAAACUGAAAACAGUUUGGCUGAAAUAGUAAAAUCCUCACGGAUUUCUGCUGAAAGUGAGAUCUUUGGGUCUGUGUAUGAGUAUAUCCGACCGAUCAAGAAUAGCUCAGUAUUACCACAUCCUUGCAGCAAUAUCAUACGACCAAAUCAGAAGCCUUUAAACACCAUUAGAAAGCCUGGUAGGCCAGCAAAGGUAAAAAUCUCUGGCAUAUCAGUGACUGUUUAUGGAGUUUCACCUCAGGAAAGAAAAGUAAGUAUUAGCAGCUGCUUGCCUCCUUUACAACAACAAAGCAUGUUAGAAAAAACUAUAUCAGAGGAGAAAAAUAAACAACAGUGCAAUAAGAUGGAUGAAACAAAGAGGAUACAAAAUGGCGCUAGGAAGGAUGGUUCAGACAAUGUGAUUGCAACAGUAUCAAGAAAACAUAAAAUUCCUUUGAGGCAUUCUGUUAGAGACAGAAGACCAUCAAUGCCUUUCUUACAUUCAUUAGCAUCUUCUAGCGCAUUUACUUGUAGAAGUGCCUUGCUCCGUAAAUCGUAUAAGCUCCAUCUGAAAAAAGCUAAAGAUCAAAAAGAAAAACAUAGGCAGUCAAAUCUGAGCACAGUAUCCAAAGGUACCUCAGAAACUAGAAAUUCAGGGAAUACAAAACAGGGUUCUGAGGAUGGUGAAUUCAGACCCAUUAAUGAAGUUUCAUCAGAUCCCAUUUUUUCAUCAAAUCCUUCUCUCAGGUGGUGGGCUACAUCCACUUCAAAUGAUUCCUUGUUGGAAGAACUAAAUAAUAGAUUUGAACAGAUAACCAAUACCUGGUUGCGAGUGGGGGGAAAUGAGUUUGAAAAAUGUGUAUAUGAAAAAAGAGAUAACGUUGAACAAGACUGUAGCGUUAAAGUGUCAAACACUUUAGACACCUGUCUGGUAGAACUUGAAGCAUCACCUAUAAAAAUGCUUUUCCAGAAAAAGUGUAAUAUGAAUGAACUCUGUACCUGGUUUAUGCAAACUACAGAAACACAGUCUCUCUCUCUUGUAAGAAAAGCCAAUGCUCGCAAUCCGCUGGAAGUAAUUAGUACUAGAGGGACAAAGAUGGGAACUAAGCAAUCUGAUCUUAAUACUAGCCCUUUCAGAAAGCACUUUAAAAAGUUUGCACUAUCUUCUCCUUCAAAACCAGCAGGGAAACUACAAAUAUUGCAUAAUAUGGUCAGGUCUCCAGUCCUGAACAUGAAAAGUAACUUCACACUAGCUAGAUUAAGAAGAACUGAAUUUAAGAAGUUACAGCAUGAUAGGUGGCAACAAGUGAAAAAACUGUAUAACCGGAGAACAGUUGACUGGACAUCUAAAAAGAAAAACUUAAGAUUCUUCUGCCAAAGCCAGUUUUUCAAAAAUGUGAGUGGGGAAACCAGUGCCGGAAUACCUAUGGUCCAGGAGAAAAAUGUAGAAAACCAGCCCACCAAAAACUUGGUAGAAUCUUACAGUAGAAUCUUGCCGUCUGAAACUGAAAUCAGAGAUGCAUUUCUUCAACAGACAGUGGAAUCGCCUGACUUCAGCACACAUCCUAGUCUAGCAAAUAUUUUUAAAAUGUGUGCAGAAACAAAUGGAGCAAGUUGUAGUGAACAAAAUACUGUAAAAGAACAGAACCAAGGUAAUCUGUGUCGAAGUGCAUGGAGACCCAAAACCUUUAAGGAUUGUCGAAUAUUUUUGAGAAAAAUAAACCAUAUUGAGCAGCGCAACUCCUUUAAGUUAAAUACUAUCAUUUAUUCUCCCGAAGCUGUUGAAAGUAAGAACAGUCAGCACAGUAUUGAAGAAAAACAAUAUCCAACUUUAAGGUCCCAGUCUGCUAGGCAAGUUGCAUUAAAGAGGCAAGCAAAAGAUGUGGAAACAUGUAGAGGAUCUAAUCCUUGCAAAAUGACUGAAAGCCUGGAUGACCAACUAAACAGUAAAAAAUCAAGCAGCGCUAUAAACAAUGAUGCCAAUUCUGCUGAUAGUUCUGAAAUUCAAAACACAAUAAACAAAAGAAAAAGACUACAAUGGGAGACCACUGAUAUGAAUAUCAGAAAAAGGCAUAAGAGACAAUCAAACAGUAAUGAACAAAUGACAAGUUAUUACUCAAAAUACCAGCUAGGGCCUCUUAAUCCUGUUGGACUGUCUUUGCUGGGUGGAUUUGCAAGCAGAGCUGUUGAAUACUCCAUGACCCCAAUUCAAAUGCCACUGCAUGGAAGUACCCAAGCCUAACUUCAAAAGCCAUGUAUUUCAAGAUGAAUGCAUGCCACAUAGUCCCUGAUAAAUAUGUAAUACUGUGAAUGAGCAUGAAACUGAGAAAUCAUUGCUGUCAUUAAGCAGACUGUUUCAGAACUAGAGACAUAAAGCCUUUCUGUAGGUGAUAGAUCAAAUUUAGCAAGUUGCUGUUUGUUUUGCUGUAAGGCAAAAUGUUCCAUCUUGGUUAAGGGAGACUGCAGUUUCACACUGUUUACAUGACAUUGUUGUCAAUAAGCCAUAUCCUCCCUUUCCCAGGGUGUUCUUACACUGGAAAUAAAAAACAAGCAUUCACUUACAGAGCUUCCUUUAAAACAUCCUCUUUGCAGAACAAGAUUUCGGCAGCUCAGCUAUGGAUCUGUCGAAGUGUUUGGACCAUAUAAGCCACAGAUCUUAGGCAUUCAGUGGGGGCUAGAGUUAUCUGUACUGAAGACCUGUACUUCUGCACUGGCUCCUCCCACCUCCUGGCUUUUGGCAAAGCUACUGGGUGACUGCUCUCUCCCUAGACAAUUGUCAUAACAUCAAUGGAAAGAGCAAAUAAAUUAAUACUAGCUGUCUUCUGCUCUCUCCCAUGGAGUUGGAGGCUGGCACCCAUUCAACCCCUUUCUACUUGUUAAGGUGGAACAGCUUGUAGAGAGGGCACCAGGCAGAGGAGGGAAUGAUGCUAUGGAGAUGGGAAUCUCAGAUUUCAUACCCAGCCCAGCCACCGACUCUCAGAUGGAGUGGAGAAGAGAAUGAGGUCCAGCCUUAGGAUCAUGGUGUAAUCUGCAGCUCUGCUCUUCCCAGCCAAAGGAUGUCUGUGUGGAAGCUUUAAGCAGAACAGUUGUAGACAUUAGAAAUUUUACACAUACAUCUGUUACUUAGAAAACAUUUGUUUAAUGCGUGAACGCCAGAAUGUACAUACUUAGCUUUGUCUGGGAAAAAAAAUAACUGCUGUAAAACCUGCCAAGCAAUCACAACAGGUUUUAUAAAAGAUUUCUUCUCUUAUGUGCAUUAUAAAUUGCAUCCUUAAAAAAAAACUUAAAAUAAAUGUUUCUUAAAUAAC